GGUUUUCGAGCACCUUCACCGGAGAAAGGAGACCUAAAGAUGACCAAGUGUUUGAAGCCUUGGGAACAACAGAUGAACUGAGUUCAGCCAUUGGGGUGUGUCCAGUCAAUGGAAGGCACCAGCAGGAGAUGGGACACUGGUGGAGAGAGGCACAGGAACAUCUGUGCCCAGGGACUCUUGCUCAGCCAGCUGCGUGGCUUCUGAUGGUGGCCCUGCUGAGAAUCUAGCUCUCCCGGUCUAGAGCACCUUUGACCUUCCCUUGCCCCUUCAGGCCCCUGCUUUUGCGAAUCUUUGCCAUCCGCUGGCCAUCCCCUAACUCUUCCCACACUCUGUUAUUAGUCCCCUUGCCAGCCUUUCCCACGGGAACCCUGCAAAUGCACUGCUGACUCUUCCCUGCCAGGACCCUGACUGGUAGAGAGGGGGGCGAAGUCUGGAGGGAGGGAGGAGCCGGGUCCUAUCUGCGUCUGGGGCUUUCCCUGUCCCACCUGCCUUACCAGGAACUCUUGCUCAGCCUUCAAAGUCCCACUUCCAGCACUGCUUCCUCCAGGAAGCCCUCCCUGAACUCCAGCCAAGGCCAAGGUUCCCAGGACUCUGGCCCUUUCCUCCAGAGCACUGACUUCACAUUCAGUCGUGUGAUAUCUGAUUCACGCCUCCCGCUCCUGCCAAAUAGAGCCCGUGUCCCUUGCGCUCACACUGAAUUGCCUGGACCUGGCGGGCAUAGGCAUUGAGAAAGAAAGUGUUGACUGGAUGAGUAAUGAGCAUAAGAAAAGGCAUUUUGAGCAGCAAACACCCCUAACCAAACAAAAGGUUAUGAUGUUCUCACUGUCAACGAGAAAAAGAACACUGUUGUGUUAGAGCUGAAUUAGUUAAACGAGAACUUCCUGCCUCAUGUACGGCAGGGCCCACAGACAUGAUGUUAGUGCCGGAUUCUUUUCUUUUUCCUUGUAGGUUCGCUUUGGAAUUAGUCACAGAAAAAGGCCACCCGUUUGCUGAAGAGCUUCAGAAAAUCCAGUGCUCACUGCAGGACGUCGGCUCUGCCCUGGCGACCCCGCGAUCCUCGGCCAGGGAGGCUCACCGAAGAUGUGCUGCGUUCGAGGCGGGGCCCAUCGUGGAGCUAGAGCAGUGGAUCGACAGAUACUCCAGCCAGCUUCCCCCGCUCACGGCGUUUAUCCUGCCGUCCGGAGGCAAGAGCAGCUCGGCGCUCCACUUCUGUCGGGCCGUGUGCCGCCGAGCAGAGAGACGACUGACCACCCGCUGCCCCAACACCUCCAAGUCAGGAAGAGGAAGGACCCAAAAAGCUGCUGACAGCCUUUUCGAAGAAACUUGGGGAGAGUUCCCUGCAGAGCCUCCACGUACCCCACUCAUAACACCAGCUGCCACCCGGCUUUCCGGAGAAUGGAAGGUGGUGCCUCUUGUCCAGAUGGGUGAGACGGACGCUAACGUGGCCAAGUUUUUAAACAGACUCAGCGACUAUCUCUUCACGUUAGCCAGAUACGCAGCCAUGAAAGAGGGGAAGCAGGAAAAAAUCUACAAGAAAAAUGACCCGUCGGACCAAGCCUGAGGCACCCGGACGUUAACGCAGAGGGGGAGAUCUGUGGACCCCUUGAGGUGAAGAGUUUGUCCUUCCUGUCCGGAUCCCUGAAGGUCUUGUCCAGGGGAGCUGGUGGGGACCCCCGCCCGUCCCGCUAGGCUCUCCUGGGUCCUAGAGGAGGUGGUAACGACUGAAUUCAGCAUCCAGGAAAACAAGGCGAAGUGAUGUCGGCAACAAAGAGCCACAUAGGAAAAAAUUAAAAGUGGGAAAAGCUCAAGCUGUGUGUGUGUGCGCGCACAUGUGUGCGUGCGUGCGCUCGGGCAUGUGCAUGUGAGUGGUGAGAGAGCCCUUCCCCGGCCUGCUCAGGUGGCAUAAGGAUUUGGAAUGAUACGAGAGGCCCUUGGAAAUGUAAUUGGGGUUUAGCUGAGCCAGAGGGGCUGUAAAUGUCACGCUUAUAAAGGGGAAGGCGGACGGGGUUUGGAAGUUCGGUCACCUCUGAGCCACCAUCCCCCCUGCGUGUGGGGGCAGGGCAGCCGCACGCUCACAGGCGGGGCCUCGCCACUUGAUCUGGACUCAGGUGUGCACAGCAAGAGUGCCCUCCCGGCGGGGAGCCUUCCUCCUUCCAGGGACAGGGGACAAGGGACCAAGGGACGGCCUGGCUUGGAGCAAGACUUCUUUCUCCGCUGGCGUAGGCCUCUGAGAUCCAUGCCAUGGCUGUACUUUUCUCACUGUCUUGUCGCCUCCACCCCCUCCCACCGCGAGGUGCCACUGUCAGUGCCAGCUGUGUCCUUGGGAAGGGGAUAUUUACGCCGGGCGAGGAGGUGGCCCGAGGACGUGAAGAUGGCGCACUGCUAAUUGCGGGGAAUGACUCCGGAAGGGCAGGCCCUCGCUACUGUCAGGGCCAAGACGCCUGGUGAACCGGGCUCGGCAGUCAUUCCGUACGGAGCCCCUGCUUAGCGUCGGGCACGGGCUCGGCUCUGGAAGCGGGUCACUCAGCUGUCCUCCUUGCCAGCAGGUCUGCAAACGUUAACAUGAUUGGUCACAUAUUAAGUUUUGCUCUCAUUUCUCACCGCUCUGCCCGAAUAUUUUGCUGAAGGAACAAGUACCUUUCAUCCUUCUGGGUCCCUGACCUCCUGGCAGGCGAUAGCCCUCCUGGGCAGAGUGACUGAGGUGCAGGUGAUGUGGGUGAGGGUGAAAUCCCUCCAGGAGGCCUGCCCCACCCCCUGCCCAGUGGUUAGUGCCAGGCCUGGUCCCCAGCGGGUGCUCCGCAUUUGUGAGCAGAGCUGAAAGCCCUGAUGGCAGCAGCAUUCAGAGGGGCCGAAGUGGCUAACUGCCUUGCUCAGGCCAGGCCGGCCACACGGGCGUGCGGGGAACCCCUCCAUCCCCCGCUCCUGCCCCCGCCUCACAGUCUUCCUGGAAGGCAGGGCACGUACCCUGAAACGCUCCCCGCCAUGGCCAAACUCCCUAGAAAAGGACAGAAGAAGCUCUUUGAGUAAAUACAGCAUGAAACGAUGCUUUGAAACAAAGCAGCUCCCCUCUCCCCAAAUCCUGUCCCCAGCAGCUCUUGCUGGGAGGGGUGCGGCAGGCCGGGGUUAACCCCGGCCUCCCAGGCCCACCGCUGCCUGCCGUCCAGCUGACACACGCUCCCUGAGAGACGGCCCAGGCACAGGGCAGACCUGGCACCUCUGAGGGUGUCUCCCGUGUUGCCAGGCUGGGAAAAGCAGAGUAAGCCUGCUCUGGGGGCAGACCGUCAUCGGUUUGGGACACAUGCCUUCCAGUGGUGCCUGAUGAAGCCACUCUGGAGCCAGAGGCAGGAGAGACGCACCCCACUGUGCACACCGGGCAGAACAUCCUCCCAUGUGGCAAACCCAGUGGGGAAAGCUCAUGGAAAGCGCCGCCAUCCAAAUGUGUGACCAAGUAGACGGCCCGCGUUGCCUGAUCUGCCCGCCGCUGGCCGCCCCCCUGCGCAGCAGCGUGGGGGUUGAGAAAGGAACGGCAGGCUGCUUUUACUUAAAACUGUCAUGUCUCUGGGCGCCUGGCUGGCUCGGGCGGUGGGGCAGGUGACUCUUGAUCUCAGGGCCGUGAGUGCCAGCCCUGCGCUAGGCAUACAGAUUAUUUAAAAAUUAAAACAAUGGUGAUGCCUCAUUGAUAGAGAUCUUCUGCCUCCUUUUAAUUUUUUUAAACUGUCCCAUGGAACUUUCACUUCCCUUGAUUCCUGGGGUUUUGAGCAUUUCCUACAUACACUGGCAAUCCUCACCUGCCUGCCCCUGGGCCAGACCCGGGUCUCGGGGACCCCUUUAGGACCCCUGGCAGAGCAGAGCUGGGGGCUGACUGUGCUGGGCCCGAUCCGGGGCACCAGGGACGCCAGCUUGUUCAAACCUCACGGCAGCCCUGAGGCAGGCACUCUGCAGAGGGAGAAACUGAGGCUCGGGGGAGGCAUCUCGUCUCAGGGGGCGUGGGCCCAGGCCAGGGGACCUGGUGUCUUCCCCUCCACCGCCACCUGACAGUCGUUUUAAUCACGACCUGGGCCGCCGAGAACAAUGUCAGACGCUAAUAGAUUCUGCCGUCUCAUUUCUCAACCUAGUUUCCCUUAACUGAUCUCUCCUGGCUAUGGUUAAUGUGCAUUUUUCACCGAGUAAUUUUCUCCGCCCGAACUUGUAACACAUCCCAAUGACAAACGUCCCGGUUCCGAAUCCCCCGUCAGCCGCAAUGUCACCCUCGCCUCCUCCCCGACACCUUCCUCCGACAGCCCAUCCAGUUUUAUGAUCGCUCUGUCCCAGUUAUCACUACUGAACCUUUAAGAAUCCAGACGUACUUCAAGUUUAAUUGAAUAAAAUUCCUUGUAUAAUAAA